AUGGAUUUCAUCAAGACCAGUUCCCUGCGUGCUCUGAUUGAGUUAACUUUCCAACGCAACUGGAAUGGCCUCAUUUGGAUGAGUAGAAAAGGAGUUAUAACCAAAAGAGUGAAGACUGUCCAGACGGCUCUAUCGAGAAUCAGCGCCCAACCGCGCAGUCCGGCUGGCCGAGGAACGAUGUUCCGCGCUCGGCCAAAACUGUCCGUCCGACUGAAGUCUCGGCCAAAGUCCAAACCGUCGGCCGAUCACGCAACACGACCCGGGAAACAUUGUCCCGCGGUCGGCCAAGCACACCUCACGCCAGCCGCGCACGACCAAAGCGCGCGAGCCGGGAAACAAGCCUCGCGGCCGCGCAACCCUCGCGUACCACGGCCGAUGCAUCCGUCCGAGCCGGGAAAGAACGUCCCACGUCCGGCCGAGAAACCAUCGGCCAAAUCUCAUCCGCUCGACCACGCCGGCCGACCGUGA